UAGCGUGGGUUAGACAGUGUGCAGAAGCGGGAACCACGUCAGUUCACGGCGAGUACUCCGUGCGGGAGCUGCGCUCUCUUGGUGUUCUUACGCGGGGGUUGUACGUACGAUUGUCCUGUAACGAAUCAAUCUCCAGAUGCACAGAAGAGAAGCGAGAGCUUGUCAAUUAAAUAUUCGACAUUCAGUGAAUUCAGUUUUACCAGAGACAGACGAAGACCGUUGAACGCAGAGAGAUUCAGUCGGCAGAUUAGGUUCAGCAAUGUCCUUGGAGGAAUCGAGGCGUUCACAACGACCGUACAGGUACGGGAUGGUUCUCCUUUGCGUCGGGGCGCUGAUAAACUGGUUGGGCCUGGCGGAGAAUUACGUUGAACCGGUACGAUAUGUCGGUGUUGCUUGCAUAAUCGCUGGAGCUCUUCUAAUAUGUGCUGCAAUGUGUUGUUGGCUGCAUGCACCACCAAGUGGGGCAACCAUGCAUACACAACACACGAACCAUCCGAUCACAGCAGAGAUCGAACGUCCGAUUCACGUAAUUUCCAUCGAGGAACCAUCUAGUGGAUCCAGACAGAAACCGCCAGACUACGAAGCGGUCACGGAUGCGCCACCCAGCUACGAUGACGCUAUCAAGUUAAAUCCUAGUCACCUACUUAGGCUUAACAGCAACAACACCACGUUAUCGCUGCCAACUGUGCACAACAUGAUUCCUAGAACCGUGGAAAUUGUUUCUAGGGAGCCGACACCGUCACCACCGCCACCGUAUGCGAGGUGAGAUCCUCGGUAUUGGCAAUCAUGAUCGCAACAAGGAAGUUUGCGGCGUGCUGAUGUUUCAGCGUAUUGCAACAUAAGUAAAUACCAAGCAAGUACAAAAAACAUGAUGUGGGUGAAACGACUUCGUCGUUUCUUUUGGUUGCCAUGAAAUGGCCAACGAUGGAAUUGAGCAGAAAGAGCAGGACAAGAAUUUUCUCGUCUAAAUAGACUAAAAAACAUUUGUGUUCAAAGAAUCGAACUGAUCCGAGAAGGACUUUUUAGUCACCGAAUAUACAUGUCCAAUCGCACGAUCGAAACGAAGAGUAUGCAGCGUUAAAAGUAAGUUUGUUGAUGGGUGAUAAGCUUAAGAGGUAGAUAACGAAUUUGAUAAGAAAUCGAAGAUGGAAGGAGAUGAAAGGGAACAAGAUGAACAUGGUGCCUUCUAUAUAGAGCUUUGAGCAACGAGCCUAACAUCGAAAUACUCACGAUAAGGAGUUCCAGAACUGUCGACAAUUGAAACGAAGCUUAUCGAUAAAUCCGUAUGGCACACGAUUAUCGAUUUCGUUUGGCUAAUUUAGAGCGAGUCUAAAAUAGCAAAUACGAGUCACCGAUAAACGGACACAUGAUGUAUAUUAUUUUGCCUUUGACAGUGCAAAAUAAUUUCUGUGUUUGUAUGCGUUCUAAGCGGAUUCCUGAUGAAUUUAAGAAGAUCUUGAAGGGAGGGAAAUAAGCGGAAGAAGAUAUAUAAGAUUCCUAAGAAUCGGAAUUGAAUACCUUCCGAGUGUCAUCGCUUAAACAAUCGUGCAGCUUAUUAGAAGAGAUACCUUUGUUUGCCAUAUGAUUUCGAUGAUUAUCAUUUUACACGUGUACAUACCGCAUGCGAAACUUAUUCGCACGUCCAUUUUAUUGUGAUAUAUACGAUGAUGCAGGUAUUAUAUUGAUACGUCACCGUCGAGUACGACGUCGCUUUCUGAAAUAAGACUUUUUUUAUAAUGAAAAUGCAAAUAAAAUAAUAGGCAUCUUUUAAA